AUGGAUGAAGAUGAAGAGCUUGCAAAUCCAUUUAAUAAUUUGUUAACUGAUGAUAAUAAUCAACAAGUACUGGCUCAUAAGGCGGUUUUCUUCUUAGAUGGCCUUAGGGAUCAAACAAUGGGUAUAGAUGAUAAUCCUAUUGAAAAUGAGCCAGAUCCUGCAGCACGUAGACGUGCUGAAUUUCUUAUGGAGCAACGUGAUGCUCUUGAAGCUGGAAGACCUGUUGAAUCAACUAUGUGUAAGCU